AUGACCCUAACCCGUUCCAAAUUUGCCAUGCGAGGUGGAGGGCAUAUGCCAAUUCCUAAUUACAACGGGAUUGAUGGCUCCGGCGUAUUAAUCUCUUCUUCCAAUCUGACGACCUUGUCACUCUCCUCAGACAAGUCUGUCGUCUCUGUCGGACCCGGGAACAGGUGGAGAGACGUUUACGCCUAUCUGAAACCAUCUGGGCUCGCAGCUGUCGGUGGUCGUGUGGGCCACGUUGGUGUUCCUGGCUUGUUACUCGGUGGCGGCAUCUCUUUCUAUUCAUCGGAGUAUGGAUUCGCUUCCGACAAUGUUAUGAAGUAUGAGUGUGUGCUUUCAAGCGGUCAAGUCGUCGAAGCGACGGCAACGAACAAGUACUCAGAUCUCUUCUGGGCAUUGAGGGGCGGCGGUAAUUCGUUCUGCAUCGUCACGCGAUUUGACUUGCGACCUGUGGAGGGCAGCGACGUUCACGUCGGCAUCGGUCAAUUCGAUCAAACUCAAGCAUCCGGCUACCUGGACGGCGUGUACAACUUUGGGAAAUAUGGAGGGUCUGACCCAAAAGCUGCCAUUAUUCCGACUAUUCUUACCUUCCCGGCUGCGAACAUGACUGUCUAUGCGGCUGCGAAGUUUUACCACUCCGUCACUGACAACCCGAAAGUAUUCGAGAACUUCACUGCGCCAAAGCUCACCCCAGUUGCUGAUUCAUACGCACUGCAGCCGUUGUCAGACUACAUCUCAGCUACAGAUGCCCUGCAGCCAUUGGGACUGCGCCAGGAAUUCCGCACCCUUUCGUCCGUUGUUGACCGAAAGGCCGUGCAGCUCAUUCACGACACCUUCGUCUCCGGUGUCAACGCCAAGUUGCCCAGCGUUGCCAAUCUCCAGGCCUCGAUUACCUUCCAGCCCAUCACUAAGGCAUUCCUCUCGCACAGCGUGAAGACUGGAGGUAAUCCUCAAGGCAUCGAUAUUUCGAAAGCACCCUUCUUUUGGAUGGUGGAGAACUUUACUUGGUCUUCAGCGAGCGAUGACGCGAAAGUGCGAGCUGCUGCUGAUGAGAUUACAGCGAGCAUAAACAGCUUGCUGCGCGCGGGAUCGUACAGCGCUGACUAUCUCUACAUGAACGAUGCUGGGAAGGGUCAGCCCAUUUUCCAGAGCUAUCCCGCUGCCAACUUGAGGAGGCUGAAGAGUAUUCGUACCAAGUAUGACCCUCUCAAGGUAUACACUAACCUCAUGCCUGGUGGUUGGAAGGUCGCCGAUGCAUGA